UGAGCUCAGCCCCUUCAGCUGGAGACUCGGGUUUAUCUGGAUCCAAAGUAAACGCAUUCAGGCGGUCUGAGCUGCAAGGUGACGGAACUGUCCGUCUAAAACCGGGAGGAGAGAGAGAGAGAGCGAGAAGGAAAGAAAGGGAGAGCCGUUUUUUAAGUUAAAAUCAGUGCUGAGAGGACAGGAGCCAUGGCUACUUUCUCGGCUCUAGGGCUGCUCUUUCUUUGUCAGAUGUUGACCCCUUCGUUAGCUCAGGCACCCGGCCCUCGAGGACCCGUCGGCCUGCCAGGACCACCGGGACCCCCGGGGAAGGAUGGCAUUGAUGGAAAACCUGGUCCUCCUGGUCUCCCUGGCCCAGCAGGACCUAAAGGAAAAGCCAGUACUGCAGGAGGAGCAGGACAGCCUGGGUUACCUGGUCUUCCAGGCGUCGACGGUUUAACAGGCCAGGAUGGCAUUGCAGGUAAAGACGGACCCCCUGGACCCAGGGGAGAAGAAGGACCUGCAGGGCCCGGAGGACCACCUGGAAGGGGGAGACCAGGACCUCCAGGUCCAGCUGGGGCAAGUGGACUUCCAGGCGGGUUGGGGCCACAGGGGCCCACGGGACCUGAAGGACCUCCUGGCCUUUCUGGCCCCCCUGGCCCUCCUGGACCUCCAGGCCUCCCUGGAGCUUUUCCUGAUGGCAGCGGAGAUGCUCUGUGCCCUGCUAUCUGUCCUCCAGGCCCCUCUGGACUUCCAGGGAUGCCAGGAUUUAAGGGUCACACAGGUCACAAAGGUGACAAAGGAGAACUUGGAAAGGAUGGAUCAAAGGGCGACCCAGGUCCCCCAGGUCCACCUGGCAUCCCAGGAACUGUUGGCUUGCAGGGGUCUCGAGGGUUAAGAGGACUGAUGGGCCCAAUGGGUGCAGUCGGCGACCGGGGUCGCCCUGGUUUCCGUGGUAAUCCUGGCAAUGCUGGAGUCAUUGGGACAACAGGUGAUGCAGGAGAGAAAGGACCAGAAGGAUAUAAAGGCCCAAAGGGUGAUAUUGGAAAGCCUGGAGCGAAGGGAAUGCCAGGAAGAGCUGGAAGUAAAGGAGAGCCUGGUAUUCCUGGACGGGAUGGAAAAGACGGGACACCAGGCACUGACGGAGGCAAGGGGGAUUCUGGACGCUCAGGUGUCCCUGGGGAAAGGGGACCCAAUGGCCUUCCUGGGUUACAAGGAAAGGCUGGAUCCAAAGGCUCUAAAGGAGAGAGUGGUGAUCAAGGAGUGACGGGAGACACUGGUCCAUCUGGAGAGCCAGGUAUUCCUGGAGAAAUAGGUAUUCCUGGAGAAAGGGGUGAGGCUGGACCUAGAGGAAUAGCAGGUGGGAUCGGCGCUCAAGGAGACCUCGGACCUCCUGGUGUGAAGGGUUUCCAGGGAAUUAAAGGUGGACUUGGGGACCCAGGUUUGCCUGGACCGACUGGAAUCCGAGGAGAUUUUGGUGAGAGGGGUCCAGUUGGAGCAUCAGGCCCCAAAGGUGACAUGGGUAUUGCUGGCAGUGAUGGACUCCCGGGAGAUAAAGGUGAACCGGGUCCUACUGGUCCAGUUGGUCAGAAAGGAGAGUCUGGGAAACUUGGCGAGUUGGGACCAAAAGGCUUUACCGGCCCUCAGGGGUCUAUUGGAGCAAGAGGGGCCCCUGGCAAACCCGGCGUCAUGGGCUUCCAGGGCGAGCAAGGUCUUAGCGGCAUUGCAGGGAAAACUGGGGUUCCUGGCAAAGUGGCAAGUGAACAGCACAUCAGGGAGUUAUGUGGCGAAAUGGUCAAUGAUCAGAUUGCCCAGUUGGCUGCUAACUUAAGGAGACCACUGGCUCCUGGCAUGGUGGGUCGCCCGGGUCCUGCUGGGCCCCCAGGACAGACUGGCGUUACUGGUUCAAUAGGGCAUCCCGGAUCCCGCGGACCCCCAGGAUAUAGAGGACCUCCAGGGGAGCUGGGAGACCCUGGCCCCAGAGGUGACCUUGGUAACAAAGGAGACAAAGGAUAUAUUGGCAAAGGUAUUGAUGGACCUGACGGAGACCAAGGGCCUCAAGGGGUUCCUGGUGUAGCUGGAGUUAGUAAAGAUGGUCGUGAUGGUGCUUAUGGUGACCCAGGCUUGCCUGGCGAGCCUGGAAGAGUCGGCUCAACCGGGGCGCAGGGAACACCUGGAAUCUGUGAUACAUCAGCCUGCCAGGGACCUGUCGCAGCUGGGAAAUCAACCAACCCCAAAAAUCAUUAAACUGGGGGAAAUCAGACAGAAAAAGGAGGGAAGUGACUAUUUAAUAACAAAAGACAGUGGGAAGAAAGGAAGAAUUUAAGGCUCCUCCACAAGGCAAGUGGAGAGAAGUGAAAAUAUUAAGAGCAGAUGAACAACAUUUCAGGUCGCUUAGCCACCAAAUAAGUCACCUAUGAAUUCUCUACUGAAAAGGUGCUAAAAAGACAAUUCUUAAGGGCUUUUUUUUUGUUUACAAUAUUUUUCAAGCUUUUGUAUAUUUUUUGGUGUAAUAAACUACCAUCCCUCUCAUGAAACGGAAGCCCUGCUACCUUCAAUUCUCUCUGAACGUCUUCGCAAUAGUAUUAGACCUUGCAUUUGGUGUUACCUGUUUGUGGAAUCCUCAUCUCUUCUUAGGAUUUGUGAAAGCUUACCUCAAAAAAGAAUCCCAAAAAACUAAUUUGUAAUACUAAUUCCAUACAGAGCUUUAACUCUGUGAAGGGGCUUUGUGUGUGUGUGUGUGUGUGUAUAUAUAUAUAUAUAUAUAUAUACAUAUAUAUAUAUAUAUAUAUAUAUAUAUAUAUAUAUAUAUAUAUAUAUAUAUAUAUAUAUAAAGAAGGUACAAGUAUUUUGUAUAGUUCCUAAGUGUAUCUAAAAUAACAUCACUUUCUAGACACUGUGACCGUUUUUUUUUUUCAACAACCUGAUGUUUUUAUUUUUCAUUUAUUUGUUUAAUACUGCAACAAAUCUCCCUUUUAAACGUGUAAAGAAAUAAAAACAUUAAAAAUGUCUGUGUGGAUGCUGCAACAAAUUUUACUAUUCAUUUUUUUAUGUGUUAAUUUGUUUAAUCUUCCUUUAGUGUUAUUCAUCUAGGCAAAUUAAACUCCACAUCCAUGAGGUAAUGGUUCUGUAACUAUUAAAUAUACAUGAUUUUAAAUAGUAUUUAUUAUCUGUGGGUGACUGUAUGUACAGUAAAGCUCUAUAGCAUCAUAUGUUGUAAGAAAUAAUGAAUAAAGCCACUUUUCAGUAAAACAUUA